AAAAUCUCAACCCAAAACACACACACACACACACACACACACACAAAUGGAUCAUCAAAAUAAUAAUAAUCAUAAUACAACAACAAUACUUGUCUCUGAUCAAGUAUUAGUCAUCAACAACAAGAAGAAAAAGAGUAAUCAAACAACACUCACUCUGACAACUGAUGGAACACUUGGAUGGUUUGAUGAAUGUUUGUGUGUUGAAAAACAAGUUCUGGGGAUGUCAACAGUUGGUCGUGUGAUCACAAUUAAUGCAAUUGUGAAAGAGACAAUUAAAGGUGGUGAUGGGUUUUGUUGUAGUAAAGGCAGAAAAGAAGAAGAAGAAGAAGAAGGGAGUUUGGUUAGAAAGAGUUUUUCGUUUGAGGCUGUUUCCGAUUUUUCGUUCCAGAAUUUGUGUCGAAAUAUCCAAGCUUACAUCGAUUCUCUAGGUCGACCCAAGAAGCUGUUUAUAUUUCUGAAUCCAUUUGGCGGGAAGAAGUCUGCUUCCAAGAUUUUUGACAAUGAUGUAAAACCAAUACUUGAGGAUGCUAAUAUCGAAUAUACACUGCAAGAAACCAAAUAUCAACUUCAUGCGAAAGAAGUCUCUCGUUCAUUGGAUCUUACCAAGUAUGAUGGCAUCCUUUGUGUUAGCGGGGAUGGCAUAUUAGUUGAGGUUGUGAAUGGUCUCCUUGAAAGAGAAGACUGGGAAGUUGCAAUGAAGAUGCCUCUCGGGGCCAUACCUGCAGGUACUGGAAAUGGAAUGAUUAAAUCUCUUCUAGAUUCAGUCGGUGAGCCAUGCACACCUGCUCAUGCUAUUCUUGCUGCAGUUCGAGGGCAUAAACGCUCUUUGGAUGUAGCUACAAUCUGGCAAGGGGAUGCUGUAUUUUUUAGUGUCUUGAUGCUUGCAUGGGGACUAGUAGCAGACAUAGACAUUGAAUCUGAAAAAUAUCGGUGGAUGGGGAGUGCUAGAUUAGACUUCUAUGCUCUUAAACGAGUUAUACGACUGCGGAAAUAUAAUGGGAGUAUACAUUUUGUACCUGCGCCUGGAUUUGAAGAUGUUGGAGAAGCAAGUAAUUCAUGUGUUAUUUCUGUGGAAUCACUCAAGGCUCGGCAACAUGGAUACCAAGGUCCCAAGGAUGAUUUUCAGAGUUCAAAUUGGAGAAAGCUUAAUGGUCCGUUCAUUUCUGUUUGGCUUCAUAAUGUUCCUUGGGGUGCAGAAAACACCAUGGCAGCACCCGAUGCCAAGUUUGAAGAUGGUUAUCUAGACUUGAUUGUAAUUCGAAAAUGCCCAAAGCUAGCCUUGAUAUCCUUGAUGUCUAAAAUGGACAAUGGAGGUCAUGUGAAAUCACCAUACGUUGUGUACAUCAAGGUGAAAGCAUUGACUUUGGAGCCUGGGCCGCGAAUGGGUAAUUCAAUGAAGGAGGGGAUUAUAGAUUCGGAUGGGGAAGUGUUGGCAAGAGGGAAAGGAACGUAUAAGUCAAACCUUAAAUCCUUGAUGGUAUAUGACAAGCUGCAAGUUGUUGUGGACCAAGGUUUAGCCACUCUCUUCACUCCUAUUUGAAUCUGGUAUUAUCAGUAUGUAAAUAACAGAAACGCACUCUGUAUUCUUCCAAAAUUGAAAAUAGAUAUCGAUUUUUAUACAUGUAUACAAUAACAUAUAAGGCUUCGAUUUGUUCA